ACGGCCAGCCCUGCGCCGGUCCUUCUCUCCAGCCCUGCGGCGGGGCAGCCGCCUCCAGGCCCUGGGCUCGGCGGGCGCCCGGCUCCGGCCGCUGGGGCAACAUGGAGUUUGCGGAGCUGAUUAAGACCCCGCGGGUGGACAACGUGGUGCUGCACCGGCCCUUCUAUCCGGCGGUCGAGGGGACCCUGUGUCUGACGGGCCACCACCUCAUCCUGUCCUCGCGGCAGGACAACACGGAGGAGCUGUGGCUCCUCCAUUCAAACAUCGACGCCAUCGACAAGCGAUUUGUGGGAUCUCUGGGUACUAUCAUCAUAAAAUGUAAAGAUUUUCGAAUUAUUCAGUUGGAUAUUCCUGGAAUGGAGGAAUGUUUAAAUAUAGCCAGUUCCAUUGAGGCAUUGUCUACCUUGGACUCUGUCACUCUGAUGUAUCCUUUCUUCUACCGGCCCAUGUUUGAGGUGAUAGAAGAUGGCUGGCAUUCCUUCCUUCCUGAGCAAGAGUUUGAACUCUACUCUUCAGCUACCAGUGAAUGGAGGCUAAGCUAUGUCAAUAAGGAAUUUGCCGUCUGUCCUUCUUACCCACCAAUUGUCAUAGUGCCCAGAUCCAUUGAUGAUGAAGCUCUUCGGAAGGUAGCUACAUUUCGACAUGGAGGGCGCUUUCCAGUACUCAGCUAUUAUCAUAAAAAAAAUGGAAUGGUAAUUAUGCGAAGUGGUCAGCCACUCACUGGCACUAAUGGGAGAAGGUGCAAGGAAGACGAGAAGCUGAUAAACGCUACCCUCAGAGCAGGAAAGCGCGGCUACAUCAUUGACACUCGGAGUCUAAAUGUGGCUCAGCAAGCUAGAGCCAAAGGAGGAGGCUUUGAACAAGAAGCCCAUUAUCCCCAGUGGAGGCGAAUCCAUAAGUCCAUUGAGAGGUAUCACAUUCUUCAGGACAGCUUAAUCAAACUUGUGGAAGCUUGUAAUGAUCAAACGCAUAACAUGGACCGAUGGCUCAGUAAGUUGGAGGCCUCCAACUGGCUGACUCAUGUCAAAGAGAUUCUGACCACUGCCUGCCUGGCAGCUCAGUGUAUUGACAGGGAAGGAGCAUCGGUUCUGAUUCACGGAGCAGAAGGAACUGACUCCACCCUGCAGGCGGCCUCCCUGGCUCAGAUCAUUUUGGAACCACGGAGCCGGACCGUCCGAGGUUUCGAGGCCCUUAUAGAAAGAGAGUGGCUUCAGGCUGGUCACCCGUUCCAACAGCGCUGUGCACAGUCAGCUUAUUGCAAUAGCAAGCAGAAGUGGGAGGCGCCUGUAUUUCUUCUCUUCUUGGACUGUGUUUGGCAGAUACUCCGUCAGUUCCCUUGCUCUUUUGAGUUUAAUGAGCAUUUCCUCAUCAUGCUCUUUGAGCAUGCAUAUGCCUCACAGUUUGGAACAUUUCUGGGCAACAAUGAAAGUGAAAGAUGUAAAUUGAAGCUCCAGCAGAAAACGAUGUCUCUGUGGUCCUGGGUCAAUCGGCCCAGUGAGCUGAGUAAGUUUGCCAAUCCUCUCUUCGAAGCCAACAACCUGGUCAUCUGGCCUUCGGUUGCUCCACAGAGUCUCCAGCUGUGGGAAGGAAUUUUCCUACGUUGGAACCGAUCCUCCAAGUAUGUGAAUGAAGCAUAUGAGGAAAUGGUGAACAUCAUUGAGUACAACAGGGAAUUACAAGCAAAGGUCAACAUGCUGAGGAGGCAGUUGGCAGAACUGGAAACAGAGGAUGGACUGCGGGAGAGUCCCUGAAAGACCCCCACCAUCCUAAGGACCUUCAGGGCCGAGUCCUCCUCUUCCCCUCUCUUUCUGCAGUUCACUUGUACUUGAUAGCCUUCAAUUUAAGGCUUUGGACCCCUCUGAUGUCAUGCUCUCUCAGCACUGUAGAAACCACACCCACUAUGAUCACAUUGCUUUGGAAACCGGAAGGAGGUCCCAUUUUACAUGGGAUCAGUGACCUGUUUAAUGGCAUUUGUGUCACACAUCAUUUUACCAAAACUCUCCUCCUCAUCCUGUUUCCAAACAGUACUCCAGACCAGUUGAGGGUAUGAUGAAAUCUCUUUAGGGAAUAUUUGGUGGAUUAAUAAAAGAGUCAAGCUUUUUAGCACUCUUGGUAUAGAAAUGUUUUUUAAAACUGAAGUGGUUAAUAAAAAAUUUUGUUUAAUAUGCUAUUUCCAUUAUCUUUGCAACAUAAAAUGACCAUUCUCUUACAAUUUUAGACUAACAAAUUUGAAUUCAUUCUCAUUCUGGAUUGUCAAGAAAGGAAAGUUGGAAUACUUGUUCAAGGUACCUUCUUUCUGUAAGGGCAACAGGUAUGGUCAUUUGAUUUUUGCAUUAAGAAGAAUUAAAUUUAUUUGAAGAGCAGACACUAAAGUAUGUGCAAUAUAGAAUUCAAGUAGGAAUUUGUUAUUAAGAGAGAACUGUUACUAUUGAAUUUGUUUUUCAGGUCUCUGACCAUGCAUAUAAAAUGUGUAUCAAAUACUGGAUAUAAAAUUAAAUCAUCAUUUAGAAUAAGGUGAAUUUGUUAAGAUUAAGCUACAAAUAUGGUUUCCUUAAACCAGAGAUGCACUGCCCUUGUCAGAAGUUCUAAUUGCACUGUUUUAUAUGUGUAUGUGUGCGUUUAUUUUAUUUUUAAGUAUUUUAAGCAUUUACUGGGACUAUGGUUGUUAAAACUUUCUUGUUGGCUAGAGCCAUUCGCAAGUUUAUCUUGACUCCACUAAUUUGCCCAAUAUGUGUUAGGCAAACAUAAUUUAACUGAAGGAGGAGAUUUUUUUUUUUAAUACGAUGCAGCUCUGUUUAAACUUCAGAAGCAGUUCUGAAGUGUCUCAGUGUUACAGAAUAGCAGUGGCCGUGCUCCUGCUCUGCAUCUUGGUUAUAACUGCAGCUCUGAAUGUUUGUGGUUCAGUACUGUCCAGAUGUGUUUCUAUCUAGUGGCACUGCUCAUGGUAACAAUACCGUCCGUUCUAGUUUUCCUUUAAGAGGAUAUUUGGAGAGUAAUACCGUUUCUACACCAUCUGUGCAUAUGAUUUCAGUAGUAACAUGGCUUUGGACCCUGCUGCAGAGUUAGGUAUUGAGGUAAAAAUACAACUUUCAAAAAUAUACUCUUGCAAAAUUUAUGGCCACAUUCAGGAGCCUUAGAAAGUGGCAGAUGCUUUCUGUCUUCAAAUUCCCAAACUUCCUCUUUUUCGCCUUUCUCAGACUUGUACAAAAGGCUGGAUAACCAUCAACAGUCAAAUGGUCUAGGUAAGUUUGCCUGCCUUCUUCUCUAAGCUCAGUUUUAUUCUUGGCCUAUUUUCUUGACUGUAGUCAUGAUUCCUGGGGCAUUGACACCUUCACAAAAGACUAAGGGAAGGAGCUUUAGAGGUGUUCUUGCUGCCCAUAUCUCCAUGUUCUAUGAAAUGUCUGAGUUUCGAAAAAGAAGAAACAGCCUCACUUUUUUAUGGAUCCUCAAAAUUCCUUUUGUUUGUGCAGCUAAUCUUUUUGUCUUCUCUUAUUUUUGUAUGAAAAAAGAGCCCUUUUCUUUUCAACUAAUGGACUGAUAAGGAGAACCAUCUGGAGAUUUCCUUAGUGAUUUUUUUAGAAACAACUUCCACUGCUUAUGCUGAUCAGCUGCAGGGCUUCCAUGGGUAGCAACUUGGAAGGGAAUUGUUGUUGGGCUUGGUCAUGGGAAACUCACAAGCCAUCAGUUUACACCUGUCUUCCUGAUGAACACUUGAUGUGAGAGCCAUAGACAGUAAUAGCCUAGUAUUUCAGUUUUUUUUUUUUAUUUCUCCUGUUGAGACAGGAUAAGUUUGUAUUUUAAAGUUAACUUAUAAAUAGGGAUUAACCAAACCUCAGAUCUGUUUGCAAGUUGUAAAAAUAUAUUUUGCUAUAAGUGCACUUUCAAAAAGGUCACUUAAUAAUGUAAAUAUUACAGUUUCCCCAAACUCAAGAACCCUGUCAAGAACAAGUGCAUCAUCACUAUAAUUUGAAGAGGGGUUUCUAGCAAUACUAUGAAGUUACUGCCCUUGGGUGAGGAGAAUAAAUUACAAUGGAUACGCUCAUGAAAAAAUACUUGUUAAGCAUUAGGUCUGGAGAGUUGCCUUUGGUGAAUAUGGCUUUAAAAACUUGAAUGAAAAGGUUGGUGACAGAAUUAGUAAGCAAGCAGAUGCCCUGUAUGAGCCAGAUAUAAUCAAGUGUGAGGUGAUCAGUCCACAUACGUUAGUCGUCACUCUUCUUCUGUAGAGAGGUUGGUUGACAGCGGGAAAUGUUUCAUAGAGUAGAUCCCCAAAGAUCAUCUUCAGAAAUACAAAGGACUACAGUCCUUCUUCAGUAACACCAAGGAUCCUGAGAUGUAAGCUAAUGAUUUUUUGAAAAUCAGAAGAAUAUAUUUACUUGAUUAUAUAAGAAACCUGAAACUUUUUAGUAAUUGGAUUGAUUAAAAUUUUUGUUUUAACAUUAAAUGGAAAGAAAAGCAAAAUAAUAAAAUCCAUUAGCUUUUAAACAACUUAUAAAUAUAUUUUAUUUCUUAGAAAAAUUAGGCUGUCAAAGUAGAAUUUUAAAUGAUUUUUGAGCAAACUUGCAAAGAUAAUGAUAGAUUCAUUGAAAAUCCCAUAUAGAGGAUUUAAAAACUUUUCUUUGACCUCCGAGGCCUGAUUAGAGGUAGGAUCUCAUUGCCUUUCAUUUUAAAGAUGAAGUUUAGUGGGAUUUUAUUUAGUCGUUGAUUUAGUCAGUAACUGGCUUAUGUUAAAUAAAGUCAAUAUCAUGGAAAAGAUUUAACAGUUUCUUAAAGUGAAAACAUUUUGCUGCCUUUGAAAGAUCUGAUUAAAGACAGAACUCUGGUAGUUUUCUGGCUUCAGGAAUAGCUGUUGUACUUGUCAGUCUUCAGAAGGUCAUCAGGUUCAGUUAUCAUCAGACUUAAUCUGAGGCAAAGGUUUUAACAUUUGUCCACUUACAAUUUACUGAAUGAAAACUACACAAGGAUACUGUGGACAUUCUUUGUUAGAAAAGUAUUUCCUGGAUAGGGAGUGGGUAAUUUUUAGAAUAGCUGCCCUCCUGUUCUGGAAACUUUGACCUUCACCAGGGAAGGAUGGCAUUACCACAUUGGUACAGGUUUGUGCCACACCUCAAGAUGUAAGUCAGUUACUUCUCAUUAUUUAACAAGAAGACAAACUGCCUCUCCAGAGCUGGUAUUGUAAGUUAUUACCAGAUAGUAUUUUUAUGUUUUUCACCAUCUUAACAAAAAACAUUGAAAGACUGAUUUCUCCAUUUAUAUUUAUUCUUAGAUGAUAUAAAAUGCUAAAUUUAUUAUAUUUGAUUUUUAAUUUUUAUUUUUUUUUUAAUAAGACUACUUCUACCUACGCUCAGGCUUUAUAAUCCACUCUCCACAGCAUCUUCUUCCAUGAUACUGAUAGUCCCGGAGGAGAUCCUCCGAAAUUCUAGCCCUAGGUUUUAAAAUUUCUGAACCUUUACCUAAAUUCUCUUUUAAGAAACCUAAUGCCCUUACUCAUGAACCACACUGGGAACAGUAGUUUGAGCUUACUUUAGUGGAAGAGAACAUAGCUCACUGUAGACACUACAUUGUCUUGAUGAGAGCUGACUGACUUUUAGAGCCAUUCUGUUCAACCAUCUGCAAAUCUAAGGAUUUUAUGUGUUUGUGAUUUGUAAUAAGAUUGAGUUUUGCAACACUGCCUGUGUCUGUCGGGCCAAGACAUUUGCUUCACUCUGAAAAUGCACAUCUUUUUAGAGAAGUAAAUUCUGCACAGAUACACCCCGAUUCCCGUGGUUUAGAACCCAUAUAGAUCUAUUACCAUCUACACUAAAAAUAUUGUACUUGCACAACUUAGUUUAUUUAAAAAAAAUGUAUUUCUAACAAUAGCCGGGUAUUUGGAUUGUACUCUUGAUAUAUUUGAAUGUGACUCUUGGAUUUAAGUGCACUAUUAUUCAUGUCUUACACAAUAAAAUUGCACUGUAUGGCGAAUGUGUUUAUAAAGUUUGCUUUGCUAAAACCUCAAAGUGCUGUAAUGUACAGGUUUCCAUGUUGUGAACCUGUCUCUAUCUAGUCUGAGGGGAAAAUUCUGAACUUCUGUAAGUCUGUGUAACACUUUGAUAUUAUUUGUCAUGUUCACCAAGUAAUAAGUUCAUGUAUGUCCUCGAACUGGAAUCAGUCACCUUGAGUUGGUUGGUUUGUCAGGCUUGGUUUACUGAAUCAAGAAACAGUCUUGUCAGUGUGGCACUGUUCUCAGUCUGUAAUAUUUGUCUGUGGUGUUCUCCCUCUGCCCGAGAGGAGUGUUGCGCAGAUGCUGGUGUUAAAUUUCUAUAGACAAUGGUAAUAAAAUCUGUAUAUGUUCAAAAGCUGAUAAAUUAAA